GAGAUGAAGUGAAGCUAACUUAUUUACGUUUUUCAUGGCCGUGGUUUAGGUCGCAGUGGUUAAUAUAGGUUUAUAUUGCGUCGAAUUCGCUGGUGUCACUAGGUAAACGGGGAAGUAUGAUAAUAUGCAUUGCUCUCAACCAAGGUUGUCAGAAGUCUUAGGAAACCAGGAAAAAAAUUGCAGCUAGUAAAGCUUUUGAAGUUAAUUGUGGUUUUUGAAAAGCUCCAAGGAUCAUAUUGUAAUAAGUUAAAUGAUUCAUUUGACUUCAAGACUCCUGAAAUUUUAUUUAUAAAAUCUGAAUUAAUUUUUAGAGGAAUUUUGCAAAAGUUUUUAGAAUUUAUGCAGAACUUAGAACUAAAGAUUUCACAACUGCUCGAGACAAUUUGAAAAUGGCGUACUUAUUAAGAAGAAUUUGCCAGCUAUCACAGAAAAUUUCUAGAAACUGUGUGCAACCUCCUUUCAUGCAAAGAAGCUUAAGUAUUGGAAGAUGUCAUUUUGAUAAUUAUGAAGGUGAUGGUAAGACUACUGUAACAGUUUUAAACAAGGAACAUAAACAUUUAGUUAUGAUUGAUUCUUACAGCAAUAUGGGAUUCCGUCUAAAUCAAGGUAUCUUUGUUAUGGGACCAGUGGCUGUGUUUCCAAGGUCUAUUAUGCAAUGGAAUGUUGAAGAUGCAACAAAUUUAAAACCAGAAUCUCUAACUUUGUUCUGUUUGCUGGAACCUAAACUAGAUCUUCUGGUGAUUGGUACUGGAAGCAAGAGAGUGCAGCCAAGUCGGGACAUUCUUGAAUAUUUGAAAGCAAAUAAAAUAAGUACUGAAGUAUUACCUACUGAUCAAGCUUGUUCUAUAUUUAACUUCCUAAAUGUUGAAGGCAGAUGCGUUGCUGGAGCUUUUAUACCUCCAGAAAGAGUUACAGUAUAUGAAGAGGAAUUGGAAUUAGUAUACAAAGUUGAGGCCAUGGAUGAUUAUCAAAUCGCCCUAGAUAAAAAUAAGAUGUAACUUUAAAGUAUAAUGUUGUCUUUCAUGUUAACAGUUUUUGUAAAAUUGUAGGUGCAUAUGAACUUAAAAACCUUCAUUGUUUAAUUAAUUUAAUAUGUGUAUUACAGAUUGUAUGAAUCACUUUCUGAAACAAUAAAUAACUGCAAAAACUA